AUGGAUAAAUUCGUUCUAUCCUGCAAAGAGUUCAGGGACUAUCCUAAGAACCUUACACAGCGCAGCGCCCUCACACACAGCACGACAGGAUACUUUGAUCGACUUGAAGCUCAAUCCAAAGACCUCUUCCGGGAUUCCCGAGACAAGAAAGUAGCGGUUGAUUUUCUCGAUUACCAUGAAGUAGAUCAUCGCUAUAGCCCGGCAUGCAUCCAGGAUCAACGCGAAUUGGAACUCAUAUUGGGCUUCAGACAAUCAAUGAAGGCUGAGGCUAUUGAUCCAAGGUGUCGGUUCAUAUUUCUAACAGCAGGCCAAAGCCGGGCACCGUUGCGUAUCACGCACGAUAUGUUCAGCUUGCUGUGCACAUUCUAUCAGGUCAUCCCCUCGUUUCUGGACUUUGUGUUUCCUUUCGGGUUAAGGGAGCAUGCACAAGACUUCCAUUUCAGUGGGCUGAGAGAAGAAUCCCGGUUGGCUUCGUACGACAAGGCCUGUGCGCUGCCCGGAUUAGAUCGCUCAGGAAGAGACAUUCGCUUUUGCUACAACCUAAGGUCGGUAGAACCAUCAAAAAGUCAGUCAAAAUUACCGUGGUCUAUCCGCCAGUGUGCUGUAUAUCAUACGUUCGACGUGGAGAGUGGGCGAAUGUCCUGGAUUAUCGUCAAAGGAAAUAAAGAUAUCAAGAAUCGUGUGACGGAAGCGUCCGAGAGGCAGACAAAUAACGGGAAAUCUCUCAAGUGUUGUGGCGAUGCGUUUGCAACAUCACUAGAGACGCAUCUUUUGUUAUGCAACUGGUCCGGCGAGAACUGGCGAUGGUACAUCAACGAUCUCGAAGAUCAGUUGCAAACACUAACAAGAGGGGUGUUGGCAUUUCAAGUUGAGAAAACUCCUACGCCGUUGUCAUCGCCUCUACUCCCAAAUAUCAUGAGUCCAUGCCUCAAUGCAGGACCGUUUCACAACGUAUCACAGAUGUCUCCAACAAGUCCCCCGUCGCGAUCUUUCACGCUACCACCGAUUUUGACAGCACGACUUCCGAACCGGUCAAGUACUAUGCGAUCAAGCCCACAACCCUACACACAAUCACCAACGGGUAAUGUCGACCAGUCUGGCAACUUGUGGACAUCGGUACCAACAGUCAACUCUCUUCCCAAGGCAAGACGAUGGAACUCAGCUGUAAACAAUCUUCGCGGAUCACUGACACGGCCCUGGCACCUUGAUACAGCCAACGACAGUCCAGUCUCUGGAGAUGAAAAGCAGCUGCUAUCAUCGCCAGAGAGGUUGUCGCCCCCACAGUUGCCCCCCACCUUUUCUGAUAGUGACUUGGAUAAGACACCCGAUAUAUUUACGUUCAGAAAUCUUCAAGAUAUACAAUACAUCGAAGAGAAAGCACAGGAAGCUAUGCUUGUGUUAAAGCUGAACACAGAGAUUCUUGAACAACUGAGACUACAUUACGACGAACUCACAAAGCAUGAAGACUUUCCUCAGGAAGUGCGUGAUAACUGUAGGACUAGCCUUCAUCACUUUGGUAAAGGCGUAGUCGGGGUCGAGAAAGAUCUACGCAUGCUGCAGUCGCGGACUGAGACACUGUUACACCUCUUGGCUGACCGAAAGACCUUAACUGGAUCUAUCCAGUUCAUACGAGAGGUCGCAGCUGUCAGCAGUAGUGCGGCCAUCACGCACACCUCAGAAAUGAGAAGCCCAAAAGAGAACAGUAUACACUCCAAAGCUAGCGAAUUCUACGCAAAAGAGUCCCGAGAAUCCGCAGCUCGCAUGGAGACGAUGACUUUGAAGAUGCAAGACCUUGCUAUGAAGACGAAGCAAGAGACAGUUUCAAUGAGGGUGAUCACCACUGUGACUCUUUUCUUCCUUCCAGCAACCUUCAUCGCUACUUUUAUGAGCACCGACAUCCUCAAAUUCGAAGAUGGUGGACAAGACUUACAAAUACAGGGUCUCAAGCUAUACUUGCAGGUUGCUUUGCCUGCGACAGCAAUGACCUUCGUCGCGUGGCUACAUAACGAUAUCAAACCGGAUAAUAUUCUGGUAUCAGAGCAGCACAGCGACAGCCCAUAUAACGUCUCUUUCAAACUGGUAGAUCUUGGUCUCACCGGAUUCGUACUGGCGAAUGAGUACGAUGAGACACAAAUUCGCGAUAUACAUGGCACAAAGAUGUACAGUGCACCCGAAUACUUCCGUGGUGAGACGAGCAGGUUCAUGCAACAAAGCAUCAAACAAGCACACCCAGCCAAAGACAUUUGGGCUUUAGCUUGUGUGAUCAGCUUGGCCGCGGUCUGGUCCGUAUUUGGCCAUAAAGGGUUAAUUGACUACCACAAACGGCGAGUGGACGCAACUGCGGCUAUCCCAUCCCUCGGAAACACAGGUUAUAGCGGCUGCUUCCAUGAUACUACGAAAGUGCUCGCUGCUGUAGAAGUCAUGCAUAAAGAGGCCUGCCACUCACGCCGGACCAAUAUCGAUAAUAUUGUCACCCAUGUCAUUCAUAUCGUUGGUGGAAUGAUGCUCGAAGAUUAUUCAAGAAGACCAGAUGCGCUGAGAGUUUACGAUGAUCUCACUCGAGCUGUACAGCUGGCGACCCCACCAGGCUACAGUGUCAAUCCAAACCCGCCAGGAAAAACCGCUUACCCUCGCCGCUCCAUGCCUGGUCGUCUGCCCCCUGACAUGCCAGUUGGACUGGGCUUGGAUACAGACUCACCUUCCAUGAAGUCGCCCCAUGAAUCUCAAGGAAGUUUAAUAGAUCGUCCUCCAGAUAGACGUGCAACGUUCAGUGCAAGAUCGCAUUCUCGCCCGUUCUCCGGCGCCUCGAGUGUUGGACAGGUAGAGGUGUGGCAGCAGAGUCCCCCAGCAGCGGCUCACGAUACUGCACAUGUUUCGCAACAGACUCCAAUAACUAAUACCAACAGCCCUGUUCCGCAGUCCGGUGCGCCCGUCGGUCAGACAGCUCUUCCUGUAGCUUCUAUUCAUGAUAUCUUGGAUUACAUACGCAGGAGGAACUUGAACCCAAAGAAGACGUCGCUGAAAGGCGAGGAGUGGCUAAAAAGACUGCACGGCCGAGAUCAGAUUUUCCUCGUUGAUGACUCCGCAUCGAUGCAACAACAUUGGGAAGAAGCCAAAAGCGUCUUCGAGGCUCUAGCGUAUCUAGUCAAGAACAUGGAUCCAGACGGUAUCGAGUUACGGUUUGCUAACAGUUGUGAGUACGACGGCCGUCACAGGCACCGUACAAGACUUAUCAGAAACCUCGAAAGGGUAAUACCUGGUGGUCAGUGUCAAAUGGGUAUCGCACUCAACAAGAUCCUCCCAAACUACUAUCACACCCAGCCAAAUACACGGUCAUCUUGGUCCCUACGAGUAGAAGAAAAGCCUGCAGUUAACAUUUAUAUUCUCACGGACGGUGUGUGGUCGCAGGGUGAAGAUUGUCUUUCAACUGUUCAGGACCACAUCACCCGCCUAGUCGAUGAUCUAUGGAAGACUGGUAGGUUGGAACAUGUCGGCAUCGAGUUCAUCCGCUUUGGAGAUGAUGAGACUGGAAAAAAACGCCUGGAUUUUCUUGACAACGAUGGAUUGAAGCACUACCAUGUCCCCAGAGACAUCGUUGAUACAGAGCCGUCUACCGGCAAUGUUUUCAAGAUGCUCCUAGGAAGUACCGAUGGGAACUGGGAUAACCAAGGCGAGGCUAGACAAAACUCUGUGCCGAAAGACAAGGAAUAUGAUUGA